ACUCAUCACUUUGGAGGUGGCUUUUUGAGAGGAUAUACUAGGGAUUUCCAAGGAACACAAUGGCAUAAAAAUGCAGUGUUCUUCUCACUUUCGAGGGGUGGCUGGAAGGGAGGGAGGAGAUGGGUUAAACCACGUGAAUCAAAGUUGUUAGAAAAUAAGAAAGACAUGCAUGUCAAAUUUGUGUAAUGGGGGAAAGUUCGAUAGAUGAAAUGAGCUGCAUUUUUUUAACCUGUCACCUAAAGUCAUUUCUCAUCAAUUUUGACAUGUCAUGAAGUCUCCAACUCCAGCUUUUUGAACUCUUACGGAAAGCAGAAUAAUUUCUGUCCUCACAGGUUUACUUAAGGAGAAGGGCUUUCCUACCUGAAGUCAGCUCAGUCAAUGGCUUCCACUUUCACUUUAGUUCUCUUCACUUUUCUCAUCGCACUUCUAGACUCCCUAUCUGUUGAAGCCAAAGUUUUCAUGAUUCUAAUGGAUGAGGAAAGUGUUCUCUCUUUCCAAUCCAAGCAAACAAAGCCCAGGAUUGAGGAAGAGGCUAUGGCGUACAAAGAGAGUUUGAGUACUAGACAUGACUUGUUUUUGGAAUCUCUCCUCCAGAAGGGCACCUACACCAAACUCUACAGCUAUACUUACUUGCUUAAUGGGGUUGCUGUUCAUGUCGAGUCGGAGGAGGUUUUCAGCAUUCUGAAGAAUGCAGCAGGAGUCAGAGCCAUACAUGAAGAUGUCAAAAUGGAAAAACUUACAACAUAUACGCCUGACUUUCUGGGGAUUCCUGCUGGUGUUUGGCCAGUUUUAGGAGGAGCAAAGAGUUCUGGUGAGGGGGUAGUAAUCGGUUUGAUUGACACUGGAAUAAAUCCUUACCAUCCUAGUUUCGCAAAUAAUUCGUCCUUGGGAUCUUUAAAUAGUACCAAAUUCAGAGGAAAAUGUACCACUGGAAAGAAGUUCCCUCCAUCAGCAUGCAAUGGGAAAAUAGUAGCAGCACAUUAUUUUGCUCGUGCUGCGAUUAAUGCUGGUGAUUUCAAUGCCACACGGGAUUUUGCGUCCCCCUUUGAUGCUGAUGGUCAUGGAAGCCACACAGCAUCUACCGCAGCUGGAAACCACCAAAUACCAGUGAUUGCCAAUGGCUUCAACUACGGAUAUGCAAGUGGCAUGGCUCCUGGAGCAAGUAGGAUUGCUGUGUACAAAGCUCUGUAUACAUUCGGAGGCUAUAUGUCAGAUGUUGUAGCUGCUGUUGAUCAGGCUGUCGAAGAUGGAGUUGAUAUACUAAGCCUCUCAAUAGGGCCUUCUAGUGUUCCUCCUGGUCCUUCUGCCUUCCUCAAUGUGCUAGAAAUGGAGCUUUUAUUUGCUACAAAAGCUGGCAUUCUUGUUGUUCAAGCAGCUGGCAAUGGAGGCCCUUCUUCCAGUUCAGUCCUUUCUUUUAGCCCCUGGAUCACCAGUGUUGCUGCCUCCAUCACUGAUCGCAAGUAUAACAAUACAAUCAUCCUAGGCAAUGGACAAAGCUUCUCUGGCACUGGCCUUGCCCCCUCAACGGCAGGAGAAGCACCCUUCCCAAUAGCUGCAGCAGUUGAUGUCUCACAUGGGAACAUCACCAAUAUAGUAGAAGUUGAAAGCUGUCAACAUCCAGUAUACUUCAUCAAAUCGUUGGUCCGGGAAAAGCUAAUCAUUUGCACAUAUACCUUUGAAUAUGAGGAUGUAAACAUAGCAACUGUUGAAGACACCAUAAAAAAGAUUGGGGCAGCAGGUUUUAUAAUCACAAUGGACCCUGACAUUGGUUCUGAGCAGAUCAAGGGUACCACAAUGACCAUGCAAGUCCCUGCGAUAAUCCUGAACAACAUGCAAGCUUCCUCGGCAUUAUGGGAGUAUUAUAACUCUAAUACAAUCAGGAGCAGGAGUGGACAAGCUGUGGUUUUUGCUGCAAGAGCAAGAAUAUUGGAUGGAAGGCAAGCAUUAUUUACCGCACAGGCACCAAUAGUUGCAUCCUAUUCCUCUAGAGGUCCUGAUGUGAACAAUGCACUUCUGCAAACUGCUGAUGUCCUCAAACCAAAUAUCAUGGCUCCAGGAUCCUCUAUUUGGGCUGCAUGGAGCCCAAAUAGUGAGGGAGAUCCUAAUAUCAAAGGGAAAAACUUUGCACUUGUCUCCGGUACUAGCAUGGCAACUCCUCACAUAGCUGGCAUUGCAGCUUUGAUAAAGCAAAAGCACCCAAAGUGGAGUCCUGCAGCUAUUGCUUCGGCAAUGAUGACAACUGCUGAUACAACUGAUCAUGCUGGCUCUAACAUUUUGGCACAAUCAACUAACCAGCUAACUCCUGCUACCCCAUUUGAUAUGGGGGCUGGAUCAAUUAAUCCAGCUCGGGCCAUUGACCCAGGACUCAUAUUUGAUGCCCAUUUUGAGCACUAUGUUGAGUUUCUUUGUGCUGUUCCUGGUGUUGAUGAUGAUUCUGUAAGACGAGCUGCAGGAAUUGGGUGCCCAAUACGGAGAGGAGCAUGGUGUUCAGAUUUGAAUACAGCAAGUGUGACGGUUUCAAAUCUAGUUGGAUCAAGAAAAGUGGUUCGAUGUGUAACGAAUGUUAGUAGAAGGAAUGAAGAAUACAGAGUGACUGUCAGGGAACCGAUUGGUGUAAAUGUUACUGUCACGCCAAAAGUUUUCUGGAUAAGAGGUAAUGCCUCAAGGCAUCUUAGGAUUAUGUUAAAGGCAACCAGGGUAACAAGAACUCACAGAUUUGGAGAGAUAGUAUUGCACGGAAGUAGAAAUCAUAUUGUUAGAGUUCCUGUAGCUGUUUAUGUCAGCACCACUUUGAAGUGUUGAGUGCCUAGUGUUUACAAGCAUCUCAAAUAUCUCAGACAUUUUCGUGAAUCAAAGUUUCUCAUGCUAUAGAUCUCUUUUUCUCUCAA